ACAGGUGAAUCCAUCGACGGGGAACAUUCUAGACUCGAUUACACGGCACUCACGGCACAAGUUUGUUUUAAAAUGGCGGCGGAAGCGUCGAGACAGCUGCGUUGAGGAGGCAGGGAAGUGAUGGUGGUACAGCAGUAGUCACAGCAUCAUCAUGGACCGCCCCGGUCGGCGGCUACCUGCCACCCACCUGUAGCAUCAGUCGGCAGCAUGGCGAACACGACCCUCGGUACCCAGGACCGGAGAGGCAGCCGCUGUGGUGUGUCUGGAGGAGCCAUAGUGGAGAACGGCUGUGUAAUGAAAGACCCUCCGACCUCCGACCUCCACGAUUAUACCAACCACCACUGCAAUGAACCCAGCACGACCCCGCACGGCGAGCCUGUCCUGCCCACCUACAAGCCGUCCUGCUCCUCCACCCCCAUCUACUACAGCAGCCCCCAGAAAAGCUACUCGGACCUGAACCAGGACAGCCACAGCUUGUCUUCCCAGGACUCUGGUAUCCCGACUCUGGAGAUCAACCCUCCGGAGCCCAUCCUCCACAGCCACCAACGCUCAGGCGACGGAGGCCUCAUCCUGGAGUCCAGGCACGACUCUCCUGCCACUUUACCUUUAGAUGACGAUGCCUCUGACAGCAACGCCAUCCGCAAAUCCUCCACCUUCCCCCGCAGCGGGUACGACUCCAUCCGCCAUUUCAGCCCCGCCCUCAGAUUAUCCGCCACCACGGGGAUGUGCAUCGGGGGCGGAGCGUUAAACCGCAGCGAUGACAUCUCCGUGUGCAGCGUGUCCAGCAUGAGCACCGAGCUGUCGGUCUCUAAUGAAGACAUCUUGGAUUUCACCGUUACCUCCGACUCCAGCGCUAUUGUUACCCUGGAGACGGACGACAGCGGCGCCGCUCACUUCUCGGACGUGACGCUGUCGUCAUCGCCGGGAAGAGACUUAUGGAGUCCUGUAAGAGCGUAUCCGGGGUCAGGUGUCAUGCAACAGGAAGAGGAUGGCAGGCAGAAGAAACUGGGACCUCUAGCAAGCUUAUUCAACAAGAGCCUGUUUGCCAGGAGGGUGAAGGACAGUCGGCCAGUGGAGCAGAGGGAUCCAGGGUGGAAGUUGUUUGGGAAAGUCCCGCCACGGGAAGGCCCCACGAAGGACUCUAAGAGAAUACAAAAGGAAUAUGAAACAAAGAGUGGCAGAGCUGGACCUGGCAACCCGACGUCUCCCAGGCAGAGCGUGAGGAAAAACCUGGACUUUGAACCCCUCUCCACCACCGCACUUAUACUGGAGGACAGACCUGCUAAUCUGCCUGCCAAGCCAGCCGAGGAGGCACAGAAGCACAGACAGCAGUAUGAAGAGAUGGUGGCCCAGGCCAAGAAGAGAGAGUUGAAGGAGGCUCAGAAGAGAAAGAAACAGCUGGAAGAUCGGUGUAAGCUCGAGGAGAGCAUCGGCACAGCCGCCCAGACCUGGAACCAGGAGAUCUUGCCUAACUGGAGUACAAUGUGCACAUCUCGCCGAGUGAGGGACCUCUGGUGGCAGGGCAUCCCGCCCAGUGUCAGAGGCAAAGUGUGGAGCCUGGCUGUGGGAAAUGAGCUCAACAUCACACAUGAGCUGUACAGCAUCUGCCUGUCCCGAGCAAAAGAGAAAUGGAGGACCACGGCAGCACCGGCCCCAGAGCCUGAAACUGAAGAUGCUGGCUCAUCAGAUCGGGAGUCGAGUCUGGAGCUGAUCAAGCUGGACAUCUCAAGAACUUUCCCCCACUUGUGUAUCUUCCAGCAGGGCGGGCCAUAUCAUGAUGUGCUGCACAGCAUUCUGGGAGCAUACACUUGUUACCGGCCAGACGUUGGCUACGUGCAGGGGAUGUCGUUCAUCGCAGCAGUGCUGAUCCUGAACCUGGACACAGCUGAUGCCUUUAUAGCUUUUGCCAACCUGCUCAACAAGCCCUGUCAGAUGGCCUUCUUCAGAGUCGACCACAGCCUUAUGUUGACUUACUUUUCGGCAUUUGAAGUGUUCUUUGAAGAAAAUCUACCAAAGCUUUUUGCACAUUUCAAGAAAAACAGCUUGACCCCCGAUAUUUAUUUAAUCGACUGGAUCUUCACUCUGUACAGUAAGUCGCUGCCGUUGGACCUGGCGUGUCGGGUGUGGGACGUGUUCUGCAGAGACGGCGAGGAGUUCUUGUUCCGCACGGCGCUGGGCGUGCUGCGCCUCUACCAGGACGUCCUCACCUGCAUGGACUUCAUCCACAUGGCCCAGUUCCUCACCCGCCUGCCCGACCUCUUCCCCGGCGAGCAGCUCUUCCAGCACAUCGCCGCCAUUCACAUGACCAGCCGCAACAGGAAGUGGGCGCAGGUCCUGCAGGCGUUACAGAAAGAUCCGGAGCGAGGCAGCCCGGUGCUGAAGCGCUGAGCUGAGAUCAGAGGAAAAAACAUCACACUAACGGACUCAACCAGACCAACUGGACUCUUAGCAGGCCGGAGGGGCCGGAGGGACCUGAGAAACCUUUGUUCAACGUCAACGGGACAUAUCUGGUUGUAGCCGCUGUGAUAAACCUCUUCUCCAGAGCCGCGUCACUGCUCAAACUGGAACCGGGACCCUCUAGGGUCUGUCCGUGAUGAGGAAGGGGUGUGAAAAGGAAAAUGAGGCCUUAUUUAUCUCCCGCCACCCCUCCUCUGCUCAGAGGCCCAGCAGUGGACUGGAAAGUGUAGUUGGCAGAGGCUGAAGAAUGUAUCGCACACUCCCACACACACAUCCACCCACCAGGCUGAUUCAGGUCUCCACAGACCAGAGGGACCCACAGAGAUACCAGUUACUACUUAAAUCCUCCACUUUUAAUUCUCUGCUGCCUUUCUAGUUACAGUUCCACUUGUCUUUUCUUUAAAUUUGGCAGUUUUUAUAACAAAAAGUCUAUGUUUGACUCCCAAUCUCUAAAGAAUAUCAGUCAGGGAAAGUAAUCGUAAUGUCCUAGAAUGAUCCAGAGUCUGAUCUGUGAAUGACUGUGUUGAAAUGCAUUAAGUGGGACCUCAGCUAGUGUCUCUGUGUGUCUGGAUCUCUGUCUCUGCACCUUUUUACUCAAAACUUUCAUUCAUUCCUUCACGUUGUCUGAGUUAGAUUUUGUCCUUCGACCUGUGUGCUUGUCAUUUGUUUCCUGAACCAUUCCAUGAAGCUCUUGGAGAGUUUUUUUUUUUUUUGUCCACAAAAAUGCACAUAACCUGUAUGCUGUAGGUAAAACACCUGAAGACAACUUUGGUGUCUCUGAGAGCACCACGUUGUUACGUUUAAUGAAGUGUUUUAACCCUCUAAAAAGAGUUCAUAAGCUGCCUGUAAAAUGCAUUUUACAGUAUAUUUAUGUCAAUGAAACUGGAGUAAAUAAUGAGGUCAUACAUACCGCAUCCGACACAAACUUUCCCCCGCACCCAAGAUGUUUGAGCUACAUUUCAGCUUGUUAGCGUUUUGAUUCCUGAUGUCUUGGUGUGUGUGUGUGUGUGUGUGGGUGUGUAUUUAUUUAAUAUUUAUCAAAAGGACAACGGAGCAUUAACAGGACAUUGUUCCAGUCACAUGAAGGGUUGUUGCUGAGCCUCUCUCCACCCAAACUCGUACGCACUCGGUUUCAACAACACGUAAACACAGACAAGAGGUCGUGCCUCUGAAGCAUUAUUUGUCCACUAGAGGGCAGAUUAAGGCUCAGUCAUCUCUGAUAUCCCCUCGACAACUUCUGAUUUUGAACGCAAACACGACAAUACCCUGCUUAGGUUGGGCUGCUGUUUUGGUCUGUUAAUAUAGCAGUUGAUGGAGGUGAAACCAUUCAUCAAUUACAGGAAAGAAAAUAAUGUCAUUAUAUUCCCUUGUUCCAGCUUCUUAGCUGUGGGGAUUUGCUGCUUUCUUUGUCUGAUGUGAUAAGAGUAAGUUGAAUGGGUUUUGAACGGAUGGUCCAACAAAACAAAAAGUGACAUUGUGAUGGGCAGUCGCUCAGCAGAUUAACUGAUCAUGAAAAUAGCGGGUUGUUAAAAGCAAGUAUAUUGUGUAGGCGUUCUAAUCCAGUGGUUCUCAACCUAGGGUCAGGGGAUAUUUCAAUUUGACUAUUAUUUAAUCCACUAGAAGUAAGAGUGAUUAUUCUGUUCGUAGGUUUGACACUCCUCACUGUUAAUCUGCCACUCUACAGUACAGACAGUUAGGGAAUAACUAAAUCUUAUCAGACAGGGAUCCCCGAGACUACUUAUCAAAUACAGGUCCAGGGCCUGAUCCGUCUGACUUUGUAACAACAUCUGUCCAGCUGGUUGUUCACCAUUUUAGUACAGUUUCUCACCACUUUUUGUCUGCUUGUAACACAAGCUACAGACCCGAGCUAACACCAAUCCAAGCAAAGCAAAACUUUCAAUUCGCAGUGGAAUGAAAACAAUUAGCUUGUUUGUUUUGUUUGGAUUUUAGAUUCUUGUCAUUUCCUGUCACGUGUGUCUCAGUGGUCACCGUCGGACCGUCAGGUGCAACCAUGUGAUCUUCCGGGCUUUGUGGCUGCUGUUCUCUGAGGUUGUCAGACAUGUCAGGGCCCUAACGCUACAUUCACACUGUGGUAAAUGUGUCACUCCCUCCUGACCUGUGGUGGGCGGGGCCGGUAUUUGCAUGAAAUUUUGUUACCGGCAUUGUUUUCAUGAGUUGACGUAGACUGUGCAAAGUUAAAGUGAAUUAAUUGAUCCCAACUGGAGAGCAACAGUUUGUUAAAUGUCUUUUUUGCCAUUUUUGCACAGAUCUGUUCAUCAAAUGAAAUAAGAAUUGAGAAAUGUAGAAAUCUCAUUGGUUGUUGAUGUUGGUGAAGAAUUUUCUCAGUCAACACCCGUGAAACAGAAGAACCAACUAACGGCAUUUGUCAGUGUGAACGCAGUAACUGUGCUGUUGCUGGUUGUGAAGCUGCUUCAUCCGAGUUCUGAUGAGCCCACUUCCUUUUGUGCCCUGUUAAUAUCAGUCAUGUCUCUAUUUUGUCUCAGUAUCUCUUGUCCCCACUGAGGCCACAUUACACUUUUGAAAUGCCUUGAAGAAGAAUGGACCACGGCUGAAGUAUAACACACAAACAGGAAGCACCUUUCAUCUGUAAAUCAUCAUGUCGACAGGCCCGCGGCUGCUGACAGACGCGAUCCGUGUGCAUCAGUUCAGCAACAUGCAGCAGACUUUCUGAUCCCUCUUCUCGAUGCACUCCUCCCCCCCUCACUCCCCCGGUGUGGCGACACACCGCAGGACUGCAAUAAAAAGCUUUUUGCACGUUCAUGUAAGCCUUUGAUUUGUGCCUCUCAUCACUUUAUGUCAUCACUCGCAGGUUUAAACGGGUUUUUCAUCCUUUGUUUUUUUGAUGCUUAAGUAGUGACCAGCUGAUGAAACAAGCUGGUGUGUGUGUGUUUCAUGUGUAUGUGUGGUAUUUCCGUAAUGAGAUCUGCUAGUUACUAGUUGUUACAUUAAAGGCUGGCCUGUGUAUGAAUUGACCCAGCUCUACCAACACUACCUGCUGACUGCCCUUCUAUCACACACUGUAUGAUCCACAGUGGGCGAAAACAAAAUUCAAAGUAAACUUAAAUAAAAAGUGUAAUAUGCUGUUUGACUUGCUGGAUGUCUGUAUUUUCUUGGGUUCUGUUUGUUUUGCAUUGUCUGUUUUUGUUUCUCCUCCAGAGACCCGUGUACUGUAGAGGACUGAUGGACAUGGAUGGAGACAGCAGAGGGUUACCAUGCUGUAUCUCACUUGAAAUGUAUAUAAACAAUGGUUUUAUUAAAAUAAAGAGCUGUACAUAUUCAA